ACAAGACAUGCAAAGGAAGGUGAAACAAAAAGACAACGCUCUGAUGUUAAACCAAGAAAUAGUAGAUUUUGACGCGCUGUCUAUAGAAACCUCUCCCGCUUUUAGAAGUAGCGCACCUUUGGGAAGAACCGAUGCUUGGGAAUUCGACUUUCCCGUAAAAUCUUGUAGCGCCAUCGAGAUACGUGGCCUUUUUGAGGACCUUCAUGAUAAAAUUCAACGACUUGAAAGCGAUUUUGUGCGUAUGCAGAAUCAGCUAAAGCGAUCGAACCAACAUGGCCACAGCCAUUGCACACAGCUUGCUGAGGUGUGCAAGGAUUUAGAAAAUUUUUUUUUGCACGAUGCUGACGUAUUUAUCACGAACCCUGUAGACGAAAGUGGCUUUGAGGGACCAUCACAAGACUCAUUGCCGAGCCCCGACGCACUGUCGGAUCCCGUGAGGAAUCUCCUCCACAACUUUAGGGAGGAGAUCGAGCGUCAAGGGGAGCGGACGGAGCGCCGGUUGAAUCUAAUGGAAACUAAUCUUGCCGAGCUCAAGCAAACUAUUUCGGAAAAUCACAAUCAAGCUCUCUUAGAGGUUAAAAUGUGCGUUGAGAAGUACACAGAGAAUAUGCUGCAGCGCUUUUCACUGGAAAGGAAGGCAAGCUUGGAGGACUUAUAUCAACCUCUUAGAGAUCAUAUUGCACUGCUAGAGCGCGAAAUCACACGUAGACUCGAUCAGGCUCAGUGCUUCUGCAAUGAGAACAUCGAUAUGCGUAUUCAGGGCCUCCAUGCGGAACUCGCUGAGAGCGCUGCUCGGAAGGCGACUUCAUCUGCCAAAGUUGAGAGUAUUCACCACUGCGUGCGCGCACUGGAGUCAUCCAUGCAGGAAAUGGUGGAUAAAUGGGAUAGUCAACAAAUCCAACUAUCUCGGGAUGUUCACGAAGCUCAUUUGUGUAUUCAACACCAGCAGGACGAGCUUAAGCGUAUGAAUGAAACGCUGAAGGAACACGGUGAACAAAUAACUGAGCUGCAGCGAAAUGUCCCCUUGGAUGGGGCCUUUCAGGAAAUCAAGGACUGGCUCACAGAUUUGGAAAAGCGUGCAGUCAACCAUGGUGGGAUGCAGAAGCAAAAGCAGAGUGUGGAAGCUCAACUAGCGGAACUUCGAAAGGACCUUCACUUGGCGACCUCGAAGACGGAUAGAAGUGAAUAA